AUGGACCCGAACUACCCUUACCAGUCCCACUCAUCAGGUAUGGGCCAUAUGGGUGGCUACUACCCCACAACGUCAGCAGCACCUACUAGUACUGAAGCUGGCCCUACGGGUGAAGAUUUCCAACAGCAGGGGGCAGCUCAACUGGGCUACUACGGAGAUCCACAAGCAGCACCUCAACCAGGCCCCUACUACUCAUACGGAGGACCACAGACUGGUCAUGGCGGCUCGCACGGAGGAUCACAGGUGGAUUACAGCCACCAAUAUGGAUACCACCCCCAACCUCAAGCAUGCCACGGCGGAGAAUGCAUGCCCCCACCGAGUACCAGUCAGGCAGCCCCGAGUGUUGCAGCCGUCGACGAGCCAGCUAAACCAGGCGGCUCGGGUGGCUUCGGUGGCCAAGAUUCGCAAGCGACGGGGGCUGAACUUCGGCCCGGGUACCCGAAAGAGAAUGUCAAAGCAGGCUGGUCUGUGCGAUCCAACUGGAUUUACGAGGGAGGAAUGCUGGUGGAUGGACUACGCUACACGAGGGACCAAUUUUAUGGAGACUACAACUUGCAUUGGAAACACAAGGCAGUGUCGGGUGAGGACCUGUGGGAGGAGUUCCUAAACCUGCGAUUCAAGUAUCUCGGGUAUUAG